AUGCCCCGCCCCCCGCUCCGCAUCUUCCGCCUCCCCACAUCACGCGCUGCCCGCCGACGGCGCAUGUACACAAUGUUAGCCGCCAUCUUCGUAGUCGUAACCUUCUUACUACCCUUUUACUUCAUCUACAAACCCCCUCAUCUCCUGAUACGAUACUUUGCGUACAAUUGGCCUGAUGUGCUCUGGCACGUGCCUCUCAGCAACACGAACGAAAAAGUAAUUGCCCUAACCAUCGACGACGCGCCGUCUGAGCACACACUCGAAAUUCUCGAGCUGCUCCGAGAAAACGAGGCAAAAGCCACGUUUUUCGUCAUUGGCGGCCAGGUUGCGGGAAGGCAGGAUGUGCUGAAAGAGGUGGUUAAAGGGGGCAUGGAAUUGGGGAAUCACGCCAUGCAUGAUGAGCCUUCGCGGUCGCUAUCACCGGAACAGUUGGUUGAAGAGGUGAAGCAAGUGGAAGGUUACAUCAACGGCACAUAUGAUGAUGUACUGCUCCCACAUCCACCGCGCUACUUUCGCCCUGGCUCUGGGUUCUUUAGCACCCGUAUGCGUGGAAUUAUACGCGGAUUGGAGUACCAGAUGGUACUGGGGAGUGUGUAUCCGCAUGAUCCACAAAUAUCGUAUCCGAGAGUGAAUGCACGACAUGUGCUUAGUAUGGUGAGGCCUGGGGCGAUUAUCAUUUGUCAUGACAGGAGGAGUUGGACGGUGCCUAUGCUGAGGAUCGUUUUGCCAGAGUUGAAGAAGAGGGGAUACAGGAUUACGCAUAUAGGUGGGUUAUUGGAGGCUGCGAAAAGGAGCGGCGAGGAUUGA